AUGAGAGCGACUGGAGGACAGUUCGACUUCAACAAGCAAAACGGCAACCGAAAGGACCAAGGGUAAGAACUGCUCGGAGCUUUGCACCUGUCAAAAGUUCUCACGAGACAUGCCCAAACAAUUUCAGAUUCAGUCCGCGCACGUACUCUUUGUCGUCGUCGUCGGAUGCGAACCGCUCGCUUCCGCAGACAAUCUCGUCGGUGCGCCCGCUGACAAGCGAGAGUCACUUGCUCACACUGGGCUCGGACAAUCGUUCGAUCAGAAGCCAGCCGAACAUUGCGGCGGCGAUGGUGGAGCCGAACCUCGAGGAGCACUUCAAGGGAGUGCUCAACAAGAAGGAGGCCGCUGCACUCACCCGCCCCGACGACUUCAUCCUCUACUACCGUGUGGCGAAGAAGGACUCGAAGGGAUUCUCUGUGACGGUUCCACUCUUCAUUUGCGUGCGCACGAGCGACAAUCAGCCGCGCAACUUCCGUGUUCAGCAAGUGCUGCAGGAGAACAACAGCACCUGGUGGACUGUGAUUGUCGACAAACAGCCGACGCAGCUGUUCCGUCGUCUCUCCGAGAUGGUUCGCUGUUUCCACUCGUACCGUUACAUCCAUCCGGACACCGGACGCCCCGAAAUCUUGCCGCUUUGGCGUCUCGCCAACUCGAGCAACACUGGUAUUAGCAGCAGGCAAUAGACGGAGACGAGCAUCCGAGGAUCACGAACAAGAAUCGAACUUGAAUUGGAAUUCAAAUAAAAUUGGUUUUAUUUGAUAGGAAGAUGACAUUUCUGCUAAACAAAAGACAUUUCGAUGAAUAUUUUAUUAACUAUUUCAACUUAUCUCAAUUAUAAUUAGAGAAAAGAAUUUUCCUUUUUAUUGUCCGCCACGUCGUCUGUUCCAGUCGCUCGUUCGUCCGUAACGGACAUCUCCGCCGUCGGAACAUCGUCCGCCUGUGAAGUGUCUUCUGCAGAGUCAUCGCAGUUUCGCUUCGCAUCCCUGAGCAACUCGCCCGGCGCGUACUUGCUCCUCGCCAAGAUAGUCUCCUUCCCGAGCGUUCCCACCGUUUUCAUCGAGCUGUUGUGUCCGUACAUGUUCGUGCAGUCGAGAAACACGUAAUCACAGCAGCGACAACUGUACGGCCUCUUCACUUUGUGCACGUUCUUCAGGUGCUCCUUGAUCUUCUGUCCGAGAAUGGGCACGCCCUUCUCCGAGUCGCACAUGAAACACGUGUGCUCCCACGAGUGCUUCGUCUUCCGAUGCCGCAUCAGCGUCGACAUCUGAACACAGACCUGUGCGCAUUCGGAGCACUUGAACGCACCGGUGACCGCACGACGACGACGAAGUUGGGAAGGCAAAGAUGAAGAAUUAGAAGAAGAUAAAGAAGAAGAAGAAGAUAAAGAUAAAGAAGAUGAAGAUGAAGAAGAAGAAGAUGAAGAAGAAGAUGAAGAAGAAGAUGAAGAAGAAGAUGAAGAAGAAGAUGAAGAAGAAGAUGAAGAAGAAGAGGAAGAAGAAGAAGAUGAAGAAGAUGAAGAAGAUGAAGAAGAUGAAGAAGAUGAAGAAGAUGAAGAAGAAGAUGAAGAAGAAGAGGAAGAGGAGGAAGAGGACAUUUCGGGGCGGCGGAGGGAACGAAUCGGAGGGUUCCAAUUGUUCGACGAGACAUAA